ACUCUCCCUGCCCUCUCACUGACUUCCCUCCCAUGUUUUUAUCUGGCCAAAACAGCUGCGCAGAGAAGCCGCUCCCCUUCUACAGGAGAGCUCAAAAUGCAACCCAAGAUAGUGGCUCUGGUGGUGAUGGCCCUGGGCACCCUGCAGCUGCCCAUUAGCAGCACCCAGGGCUGCCUGAGCAAGCAACAGGUGGCAAAUGUCAUGAGGCAGAUGCAGAAGUUGCUGUCCUCGCACGAAGCGGCCCAGCUUCUGAGUCUGCGCAACUUCAAGAAGCAGCUGACUGUUCUGCAAGACAACGUCCAGAAGGAGGCGGCCAAACGCAACGAGAGUUGCCCUCCCCUGCCAGCGCCCUCGAAUGGCCGGAGGCUGGGCAGCAAGAGAGCCGUGGGGCACGAGGUGCAUUUCGUCUGCGAUCUGGGCUCCCUGCUGAUGGGCUCUGAGACACGGACGUGCCUGGAGAACCGCACCUGGAGUGGGCAGCAGCCCUCCUGCAAACAUUGGGCGACGCUCAGUAACUCGUCCUUUAGCCGCCAGCCCCGCUGUGCCGACAACCCCCUGGGCUCGCGCCAGUGCAGCUGUGACUCCGGCUUCCAGAUGCGGGCAGGAGGCAUAUGCCAAGAUGUGGAUGAAUGUCAGCUGUUCCAGUCCAGCCCCCACACCCGCAUCUGCCUCCAUGAAUGUGUCAACCUGCCCGGGUCUUACCAGUGCACCUGUCCCAGCGGCUAUCGGCUCCAGACUGACCAUAAUACAUGCAACGAUGUGGACGAAUGUGCUGAGAACCAACACAACUGCAGCCGCGGACAGACGUGCGUCAACGUCUUCGGAGGCUUCCGCUGCGUGCGGCCCGAAUGCCCCAAGGCUCAGCUCAACACCAGCUACGUCAAGACUUCCACUUUGCAGUGUGAGCGGAGCCCUUGCCCCAUGGACAGCAAGGCCUGCCGUAGAGCUGCCCACUCUGUCUCAUUCCACUACCUGCCCCUCCAGUCCAACCGCAGCGUGCCCAGGGUCCUCUUCAAGAUGUCCACCAGCCGCUUUGUGGGAGACAGCCUGCGCUUUGCCAUCUUAGGGGGCAACGGGCAGAGGAAGCUGAUGGUGCAGCGCUCCGACCAGCACACGGGGGAGCUGGUGCUCACCCGGCCAGCGGUGGGGCCGAUGACACUGGAGGCUGAGCUGGAAAUGAGCGAAUUUGCCCGGAAGAUCCUUCUGGGAAAGCACAUCUUCAAGAUCACAGUCUUUGUUUCCCAGUACGAGUUUUGAGCCUGGUCCCUGCUGGCCCCAACAGAAUCUGGCAGAACCUGGAGGAACAUCGACCAGAGAAUGUGAGUCUCUGCCUGUGACACCGUCGUGCGCUGCAAGAGGGGCGGAAGCGAAAAAGGAAGCCACCCCUUGAGACAUUCACCACCACUCUGCGCUCUUUGGGGUGGGGUGAUUCCAUGCAGUAUGUUGCUUCCACUUCCAGCAGAAGGGAAUAAGGACAUGCUACCGUUCCCGGCUACGUCCGACAGAAGCUGGGAAAGCCCCGAAGCCCCAUGAUAGUUAGAAAGCACGGCCUCAUCUGUGAGCUCUGAUUGGGCCACAGGAAAUGCGGGGUUUCAGGAGGCAGCAGUAUUAGCCGGGCUUCCCCACACUUGUCUGUCAUUCUGGGGGCUGGUUAAGAAAAAAUAAAAAUGAAGCGUGCCUCUGAUUUUGCGUCUUACUCGUACCUCCCAACAUGCUGCCCUCGACCAAAAGGCAAAUGCCAACUUCUGAAGGAGACACCAGCACACAAAUCUUUGCAACGUUAGAAAGGU